AUGCGUUACUCAACAAAGCAGCACAGGCUAACCGCCCUAGACUUCCGAGCAAAACACAAGAAUGAGCGCGGGCGACAUAAAGCAGUUGUGAACAGCUUAAAACAUCUACGCCAAACGCAAAAGAAAAUGGAUGACGCCAACAAGGUCUUGAAAGACCUUAAUACUACACAUGGUCAUACAGAAAUGUACUUUCAACAACAAUGGGAGCGAAAGAAGGCAAUUCAAGGCCAAACAAUCAGUCAAACUAGCAAAGAUUAUUUGGAGCAUGUUGGGGACCUCGUUGAACUGGAGGAAAAGCUGGUUAUUGCACAGGACCAACUUGAAGAUCUUCACCGACGAAGCCGUCGCCAACGCCGACGACAUCGCCGUAGGAACCAUCGAUCACGCCUGCCCAACACCUUGGUAUUACUUGAGCGUGCCAUUGAGGAAGUGUCCGACAGGCUAGGGGAUGCUCAGUUAAUUGAGCUGACUGGGACAUCAGAUGCUCGGGCACAGCCGCUUAUUAAAAUCCGUGUGGCAAAAGGAAAUCUCCUUGGGGCCAAAGCAAGCGUGAUUGAGCAUCAGCGACAAGCUUCACAUGCACGAGCAACAGCUGCUCAGCUUCGUCGAAAGCAUGCAACGUAUUGGCGUCUGGCCAAUGAUUACAAUAUUGAAUUUCAACCAGAUACCCCUCUAGACACCCCAUCUUUGCAAGAAGUCGAGGCUAUGCCAUUGAAGCCAUGGGCCAUUGACGACGCUACCCAGGAGGGAAUCGAAGCUUAUAUUACCAUCUGCCGCUGUCAAGAGGAACUUCGACGCAUUGCAAAGGAGGCCAGGCAGAUGGUGUGUUGGGCAGUUGAAUAUCAAGAUAAAAUCAACGAACUCCGUCGAGAUACAAUUAAUGACUUGAGUUCAUUUGCCACAGAUGUCAUUCCAAACUGGACUAGCAAGGAUGUGAUGAUGUCGUUGACAUCAACUGUGGCACGCCAGGCUGAUAGGAUUUGGCUUAGGUGGAACCAGAAAAUACUGUUUUUGCUGGACGCGACAGCCAAUGACAAUGUAUGCAAGACUUUCAGUGAUGCUGAGCUGAAGGCGAAAUGGAGGAGCAUGGUACAAUUCACUCUCCAGGAGUGGGAGAGAAUGGUACGCAUUCAGAACAUCUUGGCUGGAGAGGAAGAACUUGAUCAACGUGCUCAUCAAGAGGAUGAUGGCAAGUUUGAUGAUGAUAAUCUUGAUAUUGAAGAAUUCAAUACAUGA